AUGAAGCUCUUGGUUCUAGCUGCCGCCGCCUCCGUGAGUGCUGCCACAAUGACUGGUGCCAACUCGACGACCCGGACGUUCAACUGCUCCCAGGGCAAGGACUUCCGACUUAUCGGGGAUGUCUCGAACAUUGCCAAGCCGACUGCCCAAGACUGCCAGGCAGAGUGCGGAGCCAACUGCAAUGCCCUCACGUACUACAAUGGCGUGUGCUACUUGAAGUGGCUCACGCUGGAGCAAAUUCGGACCCAACUCACAGACAACGAUCAAUACUAA